AUGCAGAACAAAUUGCUGAAGAUGAUCCACAACCUCAAUCCGUGGCACCCCACCGAUGAUCUCCACCAGCUUGCCGAACUGGAGACGAUCGACCAGUUUAUCGAUCGCCUGUUCCAGAAGUUCCGGACCAGCUGCCAGAUGUCGGACAACCCACUGAUAGAAGCCAUCCUUCCCCUAAACGUGAUGAUCGGGAACACCUGUUCAGUGACCACGGGUGUCCUGCACCGGCGGAUUACUUUUGAUUAUGUCUACCCUUGGAAGUCGAGCUACGUCCCGUCCAGCUCGUCUUAUUCGUCGUCCAGUUCCUCUUACGGAAGCAGUAGAUUCUCGACCGAACCAUCAUCGAGUUCCCGGUUCGGAUCGUUGAGUUCUACGGCCGGCGGCAGCAGCUACCGUCCCUCGUUUACUUCCGGAACGUACCGAUCGCCGCGAUCGACAGCGUCCAAUGUGUCGACGUACAUCAACCGCUACUCGAGCAUUGCGGCGGAGAAGGAGAAGGAGAAAGAGGAGGAGCGGAGACGCGAACGGGAGAGGGAGCGUGAGCAGCGCGAGAAAGAGCGAGAGAAGGAGCGCGAUCGCGAGAAGGAACGACUGAUCGAGACUUCCAAGAAGCUGGAAGCCGAGCUGGAGAAAGACAAACCGAAGCUGAUCAAGCGAUCGGCGCUAAUCGCAGCGAAAUACGGAGCGGCCUCGAAUGACAAUGAGGAUGCGUCCAAGAGUAAGACAGCGAUCACGAAACCGAAGAAAGACAAUGCACCUCCGGUGACCUUCACGACCCGAUAUGGAAAGGCCGGUGUGGCUAGGGAAAAGUCUAGGGAGCCUAGUCCAGCGACUCGGAUGAAUUCAUCGACCAACCUUACGCCGAAUCGUGCCAAAGCUAGAGAUCCGAGCCCUGCAGGCGGGGCUGUUGCGAACAAGAUUCGGUCCAGAGAUCCUAGCCCGGCGGUAGAAACCAGAAGGACCGGAUAUACCUCCAACAUCGCAAGCAAACUCACACCUAAAGAAACUCCAACGACAAACGAUUACCGGCGGCAACCAUCGAACACGUUGAACAGCUUCUUGCAGAACCGUGCGCGAUCACGCGAUCCAAGCCCAACCGUACGCACGCGAACUUCCAGGGAACCAAGCCCAGCGGAACCGAAGCGAACGCUGAAACCGUUCACCAGUGCACGAUCAAGAGAUCCGAGUCCCGCUACCCCAAGAACAACAACCACUGCAAGGACGAUCAACCGAUCGCGCGAUCCUAGCCCGGCAGAGCCGAAGAAGUUCAGCAGUAGCAUAACCAUCAAACCUACAAUACGAUCGCGAGAUCCUAGCCCGGCAGAGUCCAAAAAGAUCCCUCUCUUUACGUCCAGCAAGCUUAGAUCACGUGAUCCUAGCCCGGCGGGCAGCAAACUGUCAAGCUACUCGAGCACCACUCCGCGAACACGGACACGUGACCCAAGUCCAGCGGGUGGUAAACAAACAUCUACCUACGGUAGAACCCUAACCAGCAAAGACAAACCGGCAGAGAGUCGAUCGCUAACGCUGCCAACAAGAAAAACACGCGAUGCUAGUCCGUCGGUGUCGAACAUCCGAAGCCGCGAUCCCAGUCCAGCUCAUAGUACCACUAGAAGAUCCUCGCGGGAGCCAUCCCCAACGGAGUCGAUACGGGAAAAGUACGGCCUCAACUCAACCACCUAUCGACCGUACGGAAGAACCAGCAGCAACAGCAUCGGAACAUCAUCUUCGCGGAUAUCGAUGAACUCGAGCCCAGUUCCCACGAGCCCCAUCGGAGGCAUGGCACUCUCGUACAUGACCUCGAACGAGGCGAUCGCAGCCCGCACAAGUCGACCCUCGUCGCGGUUGGUGCUGAACUCGCAGUCCCGGGAGGUUUCGCAGUGCCCAUCGCCGCUGUUGAUACGAAGUCAGAUCUUCUCGCCGGAACCGCCAACGGUGCAAAUCGUCGAGACAGAUGACAAGAAGGAAGAUGAGGAUGAAGAGGAGGAGAGUGAAACGUCGACCGAGAUGGAAACGUCAGAGGAAGAAUCUUCGGAAGAGACGGAGAGCAGCGUAGAGCCGGAACCGAAGAUCUUCAUGGAGAUAACGCUUGUGACUAGAGCGACAUCACCGACUCCACCGGGGUCUACGCCGUAUAUUCGAGCAAGACGAGCUGAAAUGUGCAAAACUAUUGAAAAGACAAUCCAGAAGCAGAUACUGAACGUUCAGACGGCGGAUAAGGCCAUCCAAUCCGACAGGAUGGAUGAUUCGACCAAGUAUCUGCGAUACAAUCAGCCAUCGAACAGGACUUGGUCACCGUUCCUGGAUACAAAGUUCAGCUCUAGUGCAUCUUCAGGUUAUACGCGGUAUUCGAGCGCUUCUUCGCGCUACAGCCGCGAUAGUACAAGUCGUGAAACCAGCGUCUGUUCAACACGAAGUGAUGUUCCCGAGAAGAAGGAGGAGAAGAUUUCCACGUUAGCUGCUCGCGUCAAAGAGAUGAGCUUAUCAAAAUCUGCCAGCCCGAAGGGUAACGCUGCCAGCAGUAGAUCAUCGACGAGUACGCCUUCGAUCAAGCAGAAGACACCUCCGAAACAAAAAUCCCCGGAGAAGCCUCCACCGGCUCCAAUGAAGGACGGUUCUCCGGCAAAGUCCAUGACUGCUUUCAAUUCAAGAGUCAACAAAGACUUCCGCAAAUCGGCCCUCAACAUGGGUCCAGCACCGGAUCGACCACGCAAGGGCUCCAGCUCUUCGUCCAAGUCGAGCUCAUCGACCUCCUCGUCGUCAACAGCAACGCAGACGACGGAACCGGCGCAACAGAACGGUAGCCGGAUACCGCAAGCUGGAAACCGCGCAAGCGCCAGUCCUUGCCGUCGGUCGGACCGCGCGUCUUCGACAAGUUCGGACGCGAGCAGCUCCACAGCUACUUCGUCCUCGUCAACGGAGUCCGACGGUACUCAAACUCGAUCGACUGCGGCCGCUUCGACGGACGAGCCGAACGCCAACAAUGAACUGCUGAUGCGAGCGAUUCAGCUGGCGACGAACUUUGUCCAGAACAACAACCGCAAUCACACGAGCUGGUUCGAGAACGGCUCGGCGGUGAGUGUGCCGGAAAUUCAGCCACCGCAGGAGGGUAAGACCGGUUGGGAGGCCGGAACGCACUACAUGGAGAGCAUAAAGGACGACGAUUCUAGCGAUGAAGAGGACGAAGAGGGAAGCGGAUCUGGGUCGGGACCGCUGCAGAAGGCAUCGUGGUGGAACAAUGACGACGGGUUCGUGAAGCAUCCGCCGGUGCAGGCGGUCACGAUGCAGGAAGAACCGGCGGCCAAGAGUUACACCUACCGAAUACGACCGGUUCAGUCCGGUGAGAAGGCCUGGUGGAUGACGGAGGAAAGCGAAAAGACUGAAGAGGGAAGUGAAGUGACGGAUGAGGUGGCGGAAGCGAAUGAUAAUGGUAGUACGGCGCUGUACAGUCCGUUCAAGCCGAUACUGAAGGCGGAUUCGGGAGAGAAACCGUGGUGGAUGACGGAUACUGGGGGUAAGACUGACGAACAGGAAGAUCAGCAGGAGGAAGAGGAAGAGGAAGAGGAGGAGGAGGAGGAGGAACAAGAAGCUAGCUCGAAUGGUUACGGCAAUGGAGAAAGUCAGAGUUAUGCACCGUAUAAACCGAUAAGGGUGACGAGAGUGGAGUCGGGUGAGAAGGCAUGGUGGAUGAUGAGCACCGACAAUGUACCGGCAAAGGGAAAGUCUCAGGAGUCGUCACUUUCGAAGAGUGCAAGUCGGGAAGCGUCCAAGGAAGUUAGUCCCGAGAAGAAAGGUCCCGGGUUUACUGUUUACACGUUGGAAGCGGAAGAUGAGGCGUGGUGGCAACAGGCAAUGGCUGAGCUGGAGAAGAAGGACAAGAGUAGUUCUAGUGCCAGCAGCAGUAGAGCACCCUCGAAGGAACCAACGCCGGAACCGCGGCAGCAAGGAUUCAUUGUGACACGAGCGGAGUCUGGUGAAAAGGCUUGGUGGAUGUACAGCGAGGAGAAGGCGAAUGAGGAAGGCAGUUCUGAUUCGUCGGUGAAGGAAUGCAGUCCGGUGAAGGCGAAACCAUUCAAGAUCACGCACAUUGCGUCCGGGGAAGCUCCCUGGUGGAUGACAGAUGAAGGUAAUCUAUCGCGUUCCGGAUCGAAGAGCAACGUGGUCAGCAGAUCAAACAGCUUCAACAACUCGAAGAGCAACGUUGUCAGCAGAUCCAACAGCUUCAACAACUCGAAGAGCAACGCGGUCAGCAGGUCCAACAGCUUCAACAACUCAAAGCAGCAAAGUCCGACCAAGUACAGAAUCACGCGAGUGGAGUCCGGAGAGAGAGCCAACUGGAUGGAUAGUCCCGAAGAGAAGAGUGUCAGUCCACAGAAGUUGACAUCGCUCAUCGAGCAACACGGUGAAGAAGAAGACCAUCACCAUCAUACCGAGAUGGACCUGGACGAGGAAAUCCAAAGCAUCGGAAAGUUUGUAGCUGGUCUACCACAGUUCCCAACCGGAGAAUCAACCAUCGAGCUCCUCGUCGAAACGCCCCUCGGCGAUCGCGCCAGUCCAGAAGGUGUCGAAGACUGCAAGCAGAAUCGAUCCUCCCCGUACGACAACAUUCCUCAAAGCUCCAACAACAACUCGGCAACGCUCGAACCACGACCCUACCAGCUGGAACUGAACCAAAAACCCGCAGAACCGGCGCUAUUCAUUUCGCGCCACACCAACAUCGAUGAUCUGCUGGGCGGAUCGUGCCACCCGUUGAGUCCGAUGAUGGAUCGGAUGUUCGUGAUGGACGAUCUGAUGGAGAUUUCACCACAUGAUGUGCGGGUCCACGACAGCACGGCGCAAUUCAUCCACGGCGGCAGUGGUGAAGAUGGUUCACUGCGGAAAGCUGGGUACAAGUGUGGAAAACUAAACUUCCUAACCGUACUUCCAUCGUGCAACAACAAAAAAGUGCAACACAACAUUCACCUUGUCCCCCAGUCCGUUCCAAAGAAGAAACUGCAUCACGAGACUCAACAGCUCAACAGCUCAACAACGGCAACGGCACCACACCAAGAAUCUGGGAAUGUUCCGGAUUCGGUUUUGUUGAACCGGGAGAAGGAGAUUCGCUAG